UUGUAUAUGUCAACACAAUACAAUUUUUUAACAUAAUAAGGGUCCAAAUUUUGUUUAUCGUAUUAAUUUUUUCAGGAAAAUGUCAUCUGCAAUUUACUUAGAAAACUAUCUUGAUGGACUGGAAUCCUUACCAACCGAAUUGGAACGCAAUUUCAAGUUAAUGCGAAAGUUGGACGAUCGUGCUCAAACAGCAAUGAAAACAAUAGAUUCUCGUGCGAAAGACUUUAUGCACAAGCUCGCUGCGAACGGAGGAUGUUCUAUGACAGAUGAAGAACGCAAAGAGCGUCUUAUAGACAUACAAACUCUGUUUGGCAAAGCAAAAGAAUACAGCGAUGACAAAGUUCAACUAGCCAUACAAACUUAUGAAUUGGUGGAUAAACAAAUCAGGCGUCUUGACAAUGAUUUAGCACGGUUCGAAGGUGAAAUACAGGAAAAAGCGUCGUCAACACAUAGUAAAUCUGAAGAAGCCGUGGUUAAAAGUCGUAAGAAAACAAAAGACACCAAAACACCCGGAAAGCGAAAACGCACUGGUUCUUCAGAUGAAGAGGCGCGUACCAAUACUGCUAAUAUGACCACUAGUGGGAGUGGUGGGGGAGGUAGUGCGGGUGCGCAAGGUAGCAAAAAGAAAAAGGCGAAGGUAAAUCAAGAAAAAGAAACUCGCAAGGGGGGUCAAAAGAAAAAUGUCGAAAUUGAGGACUCGGAGAAGGAAUCAUGUUUAACUACUGCAACACAUCCUAGUGAUGUGCUUGAUAUGCCAGUGGAUCCGAAUGAGCCCACUUAUUGCUUAUGUCAUCAAGUUUCCUACGGAGAAAUGAUAGGUUGCGACAACCCAGAUUGUCCAAUUGAGUGGUUCCACUUCGCAUGUGUUGGUCUCACAACUAAACCGAAAGGAAAAUGGUUUUGUCCGAAAUGUACACAAGACAGAAAAAAGAAAUAGGAAGAGAAGAUCAUUAAUAGAUUACACUUAAUGUAGUUUGUGUGUAAGGUUAAAAAACGUUUUUGUAUAAUUAAAGUUAAAAUUAAAAUAAAAUUAUUAAAUAUAGGUAUAUUCAUACUUUCAUUUGUAACAACGUCGAAGUAAAACGUUUCCACUUUAAAAUGAAAAAACAGAAUUUUAUAAAUGCAUUUUAAGUUUAUUGCAAUUUUGUAACAAAAGUGAUUCUUGAUUUAUAAAUUUGUAAACAACUAAUUAUGGAUCGAUGUGUGAACUUAUAUUCCUGUCAUAAUUGAGAACAACAACAGCCCUUUUAAUUUAAAUUUAAACAAUUUACCUAUUAAA